AUGGUAGAAAUUAUUGUUUCGGUUGCAGCAAAAGUUUCGGAGUACCUGGUUGAUCCAGUUGUACGUCAGCUGGGUUAUCUGUUUAACUACCGUACCAACAUUGAGGAUCUCUCUCAAAAGGUUGAGACGCUGAGGGAUGCCAGAGCUAGGCAGCAGCACUCUGUGGAUGAAGCUAUUGGGAAUGGACAUAUAAUCGAAGAUGAUGUUUGCAAGUGGAUGAAACGUGCUGGUGGGUUCAUACAAAAUGCUUGCAAAUUCCUUGAAGAUGAGAAGGAGGCGCGGAAGAGUUGUUUCAAUGGGUUGUGUCCUAAUUUGAAGUCCCGGUACCAGCUAAGCAGGGAAGCAAGGAAGAAGGCAGGGGUUGCUGUUGAAAUCCAUGGAGCUGGCCAAUUUGAGAGGGAUCGGGGUAUGGGGAUGGGUGGUGUCGGGAAGUCCACGCUGGUGAAACGAGUGGCUGAACAAGCCGAACAAGAGGAGUUAUUCCACAAGGUGGUCACGGCAUCUGUGUUCCAGACUCCAGACUACAAAGAAAUUCAACAACAAAUUGCAGAAAAACUAGGUAUGAAAUUUGAGGAAGUGAGUGAACAAGGACGAGCAUGUCGAUUACAUCAGAGGAUCAAGCAAGAGGAUACCAUCCUCAUCAUCUUGGAUGAUCUUUGGGCCGAACUUGAGUUGGAGAAAGUAGGAAUUCCUUCGCCAGAUGAUCACAAGGGAUGCAAAUUAGUGCUAACUUCUAGAAAUAAACAGGUCUUGUCAAAUGAGAUGAGUACUCAAAAAGAUUUUCCAGUUCGACAUUUGCAAGAAGAUGAAACAUGGAUUUUAUUUAAGAACACAGCUGGCGAUUCCAUUGAAAAUCCAGAGUUGCAACCUAUAGCUGUUGAUGUAGCAAAAGAAUGCGCGGGUUUGCCGAUUGCAAUAGUAACUGUGGCAAAGGCAUUGAAAAACAAGAAUGUGUCUAUUUGGAAGGAUGCCCUGCAACAACUGAAAUCGCAAACCUCGACAAACAUAACAGGAAUGGAGACAAAGGUAUACUCAAGUCUAAAGUUGAGCUACGAACACUUGGAGGGAGAUGAAAUGAAGUCAUUGUGCUUGCUUUGUGGCCUAUUUUCUAGUAAUAUCCAUAUUAGGGACUUGUUGAAAUAUGGUGUGGGUCUGCGAUUAUUUCAAGGAACUAAUACAUUGGAAGAGGCGAAAAAUAGAAUAGAUACAUUGGUUGACAACCUCAAAUCCUCAAAUUUUUUACUAGAAACUCGCCAUAAUGCAUUUUUUAGAAUGCAUGAUCUUGUUCGGAGUACUGCCAGAAAAAUUGCAUCCGAUCAACAUCAUGUGUUUACACUCCAGAAUACUACUGUAAGAGUGGAAGGAUGGCCAAGGAUAGAUGAACUCCAGAAGGUCACUUGGGUAUGUCUGGAUUACUGUGAUAUUCAUGAACUUCCAGAAGGGCUGGUAUGUCCAAAACUUGAAUUUUUUGAAUGUUUUCUAAAGACAAAAUCGGCAGUGAAAAUCCCAAACACAUUUUUUGAAGGGAUGAAACAACUCAAAGUAUUAGAUUUAACUAGAAUGCAACUUCCAUCGCUGCCCUUAUCACUUCAGUGCCUUGCAAAUCUUCGAACAUUGUGUUUGGAUGGAUGCAAGUUGGGAGACAUUGUUAUAAUUGCAGAGCUAAAGAAAUUAGAAAUUCUUAGCCUUAUGGAUUCUGAUAUCGAACAGUUGCCCAGAGAAAUAGCACAGUUGACUCAUCUAAGGCUGUUAGAUUUGAGCGGUUCUUCGAAACUAAAAGUAAUUCCAUCAGAUGUCAUAUCAAGCUUGUCCCAAUUAGAGGAUUUGUGUAUGGAAAAUAGCUUUACUCAAUGGGAGGGGGAAGGAAAGAGUAAUGUUUGCCUUGCUGAGUUGAAACAUUUGUCUCAUUUAACCGCUUUGGACAUACAAAUACCAGACGCCAAGUUGCUGCCAAAAGACAUGGUCUUUGAUAACUUGAUGAGAUAUAGAAUAUUUGUAGGUGAUAUCUGGAGCUGGAGAGAAAUUUUUGAAACUAAUAAAACAUUGAAGCUCAACAAGUUUGAUACAAGCCUCCAUCUGGUGCAUGGUAUCAUCAAGUUGUUGAAGAGAACCGAAGAUCUACACUUGCGUGAAUUGUGUGGUGGUACUAAUGUUCUUUCCAAAUUAGAUGGGGAGGGUUUUUUAAAAUUAAAGCAUCUCAAUGUCGAAAGCAGUCCAGAGAUUCAAUAUAUUGUGAACUCGAUGGAUCUGACUUCAUCACAUGGUGCCCUUCCUGUUAUGGAGACGUUGUCUCUCAAUCAGCUGAUUAACUUGCAAGAAGUAUGUCGUGGCCAAUUUCCAGCAGGGUCCUUUGGUUGCUUGAGAAAAGUGGAAGUGAAAGAUUGCGAUGGCUUGAAAUUUCUCUUCUCGUUGUCUGUGGCUAGAUGCCUUUCCCGACUUGUAGAAAUAAAAGUAAUUAGAUGCAAGAGUAUGGUUGAGAUGGUUUCCCAAGAAAGGAAAGAAAUAAGAGAAGAUGCUGUUAAUGUGCCUCUGUUCCCUGAAUUGAGAUACUUGACGUUAGAAGACUUACCCAACCCGGUGCUUUCGAAGCCUGCAAGCACAAUUGUUGGUCCUAGUACACCACCUCUCAACCAACCGGAGAUAAGAGAUGGCCAACUUCUGCUUUCCUUGGGCGGCAACCUCCGGUCUCUCAAGUUGAAGAAUUGCAUGUCACUAUUGAAGCUAUUCCCACCCAGUUUGUUACAGAAUUUGGAGGAACUAAUAGUGGAAAACUUUGGUCAGCUGGACCUCGUAUUUGAUCUUGAAGGGCCAAAUGUUGAUGAUGGGCAUGUUGGGCUCCUCACUAAAUUAGGAGUACUGAAGUUGACUGGUCUACCCAAGUUGAGGCAUAUAUGCAACUUUGGCAGCUCCAGAAAUCAUUUCCCUUCUUCCAUGGCUUCUGCUCCUGUAGGCAAUAUCAUAUUCCCUAAAUUAAGCAAACUUUUGCUGGAAUCUUUGCCCAACCUGACAAGCUUCGUCUCCCCUGGAUAUAAUUCCCUCCAAAGGCUUCACUAUGCAGACCUUGAUACCCCCUUCCCGGUGCUCUUUGAUGAAAGGAGUCUACGGCUUAUUGAGGUAGUGGAUUGUAGUUUAUUAGAAGAGGUUUUUGAUGUGGAAGGGACAAAUGUGAAUGUAAAUGUGAAGGAAGGUGUAACUGUCACCCAGUUGAGUCAUUUGAUUCUACGAUCGCUGCCAAAAGUUGAGAAGAUAUGGAAUAAGGAUCCCCAUGGAAUUCUCAAUUUUCAAAACUUAAAAUCAAUAUUUAUUGUUAAAUGUCAGAGUCUGAAAAACCUUUUUCCAGCAUCUGUAGUCAAAGAUCUUGUGCAACUUGAGAAACUGGAGUUGCGUUCUUGUGGGAUAGAGGAAAUUGUUGCAAAGGACAAUGAAGUCGAGACAACAGCUAAGUUUGUAUUCCCUAAAGUAACCUUUCUCAAACUCUUCCAUCUACAUCAACUCAGGAGUUUCUACCCAGGGGCACAUACUUCACAGUGGCCAUUGUUGAAACAACUGAUAGUGCGUGCGUGUGAUAAAGUCAAUAUAUUUGCAUCCGAAACUCCAACAUUCCAACGAAGACAUCACGAGGGAAGUUUUGAUAUGCCGAUUCUCCAGCCCCUUUUCUUGCUCCAACAGAGACCAAAACUAUAUGCUGGAAACACGGUUGUUGGCCCCCACUUGAUCCAGAAGUUCCUUUAG